GGCGGUUGGUAUUUGUCCCGCCCACUCUCGUUCGCCUUGUUCCGCUUCCGGUCGUCUGGGCGCUGGCCCCGGAAGGUUGUUGUGGUGGUAGCGAUGGGGAAGUCAGAUUUUCUCACCCCGAAGGCUAUCGCCAACAGGAUCAAGUCUAAGGGGCUUCAGAAGCUGCGCUGGUAUUGCCAGAUGUGCCAGAAACAGUGCCGGGACGAGAAUGGCUUUAAGUGUCAUUGUAUGUCUGAAUCUCAUCAGAGACAGCUGUUGCUGGCUUCAGAAAAUCCUCAGCAAUUUAUGGAUUAUUUUUCAGAGGAAUUCCGAAAUGACUUCCUAGAACUUCUCAGGAGACGCUUUGGCACCAAGAGGGUUCACAACAACAUUGUUUACAAUGAGUACAUCAGCCACCGGGAGCACAUCCACAUGAACGCCACGCAGUGGGAGACACUGACGGAUUUCACCAAGUGGCUGGGCAGAGAAGGUUUGUGCAAAGUGGAUGAGACACCAAAAGGCUGGUAUAUUCAGUAUAUAGAUAGGGACCCUGAAACAAUCCGCCGGCAGCUGGAACUAGAGAAAAAGAAGAAGCAGGACCUGGAUGAUGAAGAAAAAACCGCCAAAUUUAUUCAAGAACAAGUGAGAAGAGGUCUGGAAGGGAAAGAGCAGGAAGUCCCUGUUUUUACGGAAUUAAGCAGAGAAAAUGACGAAGAAAAAGUUACAUUUAAUCUGAAUAAAGGAGCCUGUAGUUCAGGAGCAGCAUCUUCCAAAUCAAGUUUUUUGGGACCAAGUGCCCUGAAAACGAUUGGGACCACGGCAUCAGUGAAGCGGAAGGAGUCCUCCCAGAGCUCAGCUCCGUCAAAGGAGAAGAAGAAGAAGUCUGCCCUCGAUGAAAUCAUGGAGAUUGAAGAGGAGAAGAAAAGAACUGCACGGACAGAUUACUGGCUGCAGCCUAAAAUCAUAGUGAAAAUUAUAACCAAAAAACUUGGAGAGAAGUAUCAUAAGAAGAAGGGUGUCGUAAAGGAAGUAAUUGACAAAUACACAGCUGUCGUAAAGAUGAUUGACUCUGGAGACAAGCUGAAACUUGACCAGACUCAUUUAGAGACAGUCAUUCCAGCACCAGGAAAAAGAAUCCGUGUUUUAAAUGGAGGCUACAGAGGAAAUGAAGGCACCCUAGAAUCCAUCAAUGAGAAGACUUUUUCUGCUACUAUAGUCAUUGAAACUGGCCCUUUAAAAGGACGCAGAGUUGAAGGAAUUCAAUACGAAGACAUUUCUAAACUUGCCUGAGUUUGAAAAUUUAUUAGCAUAACAUUAAAAUCUUAAAGCAUCAAAUUGGUGUUCACCAAGACAUUACAAGACUCUACUGUGUUAGGGUGUUUCUUUUUAUAAAACAAAUGGAUUUAUUUAAAUAUUACUGUAGUUGUUUAGCCUAACUUAUAGAAAAAUCUAGUUAUGUCUCGUGAAGUAUCAAAAUUAUGUAAUUUUGUCCUUGUUUUUGUUGCCUUUGUAGUAUUUCCUUGAUUUUUUAAUCUACAUUAAAAGAAUAUUAUUGUAAA